UUCAGAGUAAGGCACAGCAUCUCUUUCCUCUGCAGAUCAGAACCUGUGAUCUCUCCAACAUAGACACUGGGCUGAGAAAGCUCCUUAGCUCUCAACAUGCUGAAUGUUGACUUCUGGCCACGCAUUCCACACAGUGUCCUGCUGCUGACCAUACUACUGGGACUCACAGGAGCAGCUACACGGGAGCUGAAGGUGAUUCAGCCUGAGCCAUCAGUUUCUGUUGCUGCUGGAGAGUCAGCCACUCUGAACUGCACUGUGACCUCUCUGCUUCCUGUGGGGCCCGUUAAGUGGUUCAGGGGUACAGGACAGAGUAGGCAUCUCAUAUAUAGUUUCACAGGAGAGACGUUCCCCAGAAUCACAAAUCUUACAGAUGUUACAAAGAGAAACAACCUGGACUUUUCCAUCCGCAUCAGUAAUGUCUCACCUGCCGAUGCUGGUACCUACUACUGUGUGAAGCUCCUCAGAGCAGAAGCUGACAAGGAGCUUCAGUCUGGGAGAGGCACAGUGUUGUAUGUGCUUGCUAAGCCAUCUCCUCCUGUGGUCUUGGGCCCUGAAGCCAGAGUUACUCCUGAACAGACAGUGAGAUUCAUAUGCAAGUCCCAUGGCUUCUCCCCUCGGAGCAUCACACUGAAGUGGUUCAAAAAUGGAAAUGAACUCUCUCACAUCCAAACUACUGUGGACCCCAAAGGAGAAAGCACCUCCUACAAUAUCUCCAGCACAGCCCAGGUGGUGCUGGGAACUAGGGACAUACACUCUCAGAUUAUCUGCGAGGUGUCCCAUGUCACUUUGAAAGGAGGUCCUCUUCUUGGGACUGCCAACUUGUCUGACAUCAUCCGAGUUCCUCCCACUGUGGAAAUCAGCCAGCAGCAAUCAAUGAUAUGGAAUCAGAUAGGUAUCACCUGCCAGGUGAAGGAUUUCUACCCUUCGAGGCUCCAGUUGACCUGGUUAGAGAAUGGAAAAAUAUCAAGGACAGAAUACCCUUCUACCAUCACAGUAAACAAGGAUGGAACCUACAGCUGGACCAGCUUGUUCUUGGUGAAAAUGUCUGCCCAUGAGGAGGACACCAUCCUCACGUGCCAAGUUGAGCAUGAUGGACAACCACCAAUCCUAAAAUUGCAUACAUUGGCAAUCAGUACACAGCAGAAAGAACAAGAACUCAAAACAUCAGAUACUACUGAAGUCCUUAUAGCUGUGCUUCUUGGAUCCAAACUGCUACUGUUAAUUGGUGCCUUUGCCAUCUACAUGCACAAGAAGCAGAAGGUCUGACAGAGCUUUCAUCCUGUGACUGAUGGAAGCAGAGGCAAACACACAACUAAUCACUGAACUGA